AUGUCGGGUAUACUUUCCCAUGUGCCCAUUGUCAACAGGCUGGCAGGGUCUGGCUCGCGGCCUGGCAUGAUCGAACUGCCCCCGGUUGAAAUCCACCAAGUCGAGACGAGCCCGGACCGCCGUGCUCGCGGGCUCAAACACCUGAUCAAGGCCAAUCAUGUCAACUACUCGAUCGUCUACCGCAACUACGGGUUUGACAAUCACAAUGCUCAAAUACUCAGCUCGGCCUAUCUCCUAGGCGCAGAUGAGACCAAGCUCGCUGAAAUCUACGAGGCCAGGGCUGAGGUUCUUGAGCCAUGGCAGCCCUCGCCUGCUGAGGUGAUUGACGAAGACUGGGAUGACUUCGUGGGCGACAGACGGUAUCAGCGUGCCUACAUCGACUAUUUUGAGGACAAGCUUGCCUUGGAAUUUGCCUACGACUGGAAGAAGGAGGUCAGCCACUUUAUGUUUGACCUGGAUGAGCCUCUCUUUCAUGGCUUGAUCGGAGGGCUUGGCCAUCCGCUCGUCCACCUUGGAUAUGCAUACGAGGUAGACAGCAGGGAGUUGGCCAUGGAAGCUUUGGCCCUCACAGCCAUAGAGUACAAUUUCCUUCACAAGUAUAUCAGUGACCGCUCUUAUACAAGGUCGUCUCCCAUCCAGUCUGAUUCGCCAAUGGACCUUAUAGGAAAAUUGGUGGAUGACGAGAGAUUUGACAGCAUUAAGAAUCAGAACCUCGAUCAGCUCGAGUCCAUAUUUGAGCAGCAUGAAUCUUUCAUCAUGGAGUACUGGAACGGCUGGAAACUUGACGACCCCUUGAAGCAGUUUGAGCUUUCGCAGGAAGCAGCCGUUGCGCUUCUUGUGGCCACUGCCGCACCCGGAACACGCUCAUACAACUUCUUCAUUGCCCACAUAUUAACCACCAGCCAUGCCGUGCGCGUGCUGCUACCCAUAUUCCCUGCUGAGCAUCGGGUGACCCUAGUUAGGGAGUGGUGGCUCCUCGCCCUAGCCAUCUUUGUCGCAAAGGGCCGCCCCAAGCCUGACUCUGAGAAUAUCAAUGAGGAUAUAGGAGAGAAAGGCUGGAAGCACGUCGAAUACCAGGCCUUGAAUUCACCCUGGUCAACCAACGCGCACUAUGUCAACGGUGAGUUUCCUUUCCCUGUCCGGAUGGACCUGACCCACGAGGUGAAAGCAGCUGAACCGAUCAAUACCAUGCAAUUGAACGGACUACCACCACCAGCUCUCGGAGCCAUCCAACAACACCACAGUUCAUACACGACUCGUCGUACGCAUAUCUCACCGGGAACUACCGUAUCGAGGUCCGAAUGGAACAGGAGCAGCAUCGCCAAUGCCCGGAUUGCGCUGAUGGCUCCGCCCGCGAAGCGCCGCCGGCGGAAAGUCGUCGAUGCUUCUGACGACGAUGACGACAAUGGCCAACACCAACAAGAAGACGUGUCGCCCCUGAAAAACAGCAACAAUACCUUGGCCAACUUUCUCCUCGCAUCUCCCAGCUCUCCCACAAAGACACGAGCCUCCACAGCGUCUCCCAGUCCCGUCAAGCCGAAGCCGAGGCCGGGGAUCCGCAAGCCGAGCAAGGGCAGCAGCAGCAGCCAGAAGGAUGGCAGCGGUGCCAUUACGAAGAAGUCGACAUCAGCAAAAGGGAAUUGCGGAGACGAGAAGGGAAAAUCGGCCGAUCUCAAGUCGCUUUUCUCGAAACAGGCACAGCGGGCCCCCGCGCGGCAUACAGACGGCACCCCUGUCGACGACCUGAUUAGCGAUCCCAUAUCCGAGGACGACGACGACAUAUCAGAGGUCAAGGCUAGCUCGUCGAGCCUUGUAGGACAACAAGCGAGAAAGAGACUCAGGAAUUCAACAGCAGAGUCGUCGUCACAUCUGCCGUCGUCAUCGGCGGCGACCUUGACGACCCGCUUCCGCAAGCCACCGCUGUCCCAGCCGCCAGUGAAACCUACAAACGCGAACAGCAACAACGCCUACAACGAUGACGACCAACGGCCAUGGUCGGAACGCUUCGGACCGAAGAACCUCGAUGAACUGGUGGUGCACAAGAAAAAGGUGGCCGACGUGCGCAGGUGGAUCCAAGAGGUCACGGCCGGCCGUAUGAGGCAGCGGGUACUGGUCCUCAAGGGUCCGGCCGGGUCAGCCAAGACGGCGACGCUGCGUCUGCUGGCGAGAGACAUGGGCAUCGAGGUGUUGGAGUGGAAGAACCCGGCCAACAAUGCAGGGCUGGGGUUUUCGUCUGCAUCAGCCAAGUUUGACGAGUUUCUCGGCCGCGGGGCCAAGUUUGGAGCUCUAGAGAUGGACGAUGACGACGACGGCAGUCGUAGCGGUGGCGGCGCGGCAGCAACGGCAGCAGUCGACGGAAACGAGGACAAGUCGAAGCGACUGAUGAUGAUUGAAGAGUUCCCGAACACAUUCUCACGCUCCUCGACAGCUCUGACGUCGUUCCGGAGCUCUAUACUGCGCUAUCUUGCGGCGCACGUGCCGUCCCUCAACAGCGUCUUCUCGCACCAGCACAAGCAGCAACGAGAAGCGUCCAUAAAGCCGAUUGUCAUGAUCAUAUCGGAGACGCUGCUGACGACGACGUCGGCCGCGGCCGACAGCUUCACGGCCCAUCGGCUACUGGGACCGGAAAUCCUGCGGCACCCGGGCGUGGGCGUGAUAGAGUUCAACGCGGUCGCUCCGACGCUGCUAGCCAGGGCACUGGACCUGGUGGUGCAAAAGGAGGCGCGGAAAUCGGGACGCAGGAGGACGCCCGGACCCGCGGUGCUGCAGCGGCUAGGCGAGAUCGGCGACGUCCGCAGCGCCAUCUCGUCGCUCGAGUUCCUCUGCCUCAAGGGCGACCACGAGGCCGACUGGGGCGCCAAGGUGGCGUUCACAAAGCAGAAGAAGAGCGUCAGGGACUCGAUCAUGCUGACACAGGGCGAGACCGACAGUCUGGAGCUGAUAUCCCAGCGCGAGGCGAGCCUGGGCAUCUUCCACGCCGUGGGCAAGGUGGUCUACAACAAACGUGAGGAGGUGCCGUCGACGGACAGCGCAGAGGUGAGCCUGCCGCCUCACAUGGCGCAGCACGCACGGCCCAAGCGCUCGCAGGUGUCCGUCGACGCGCUGAUGGACGAGACGGGCACGGACACGCACACCUUCAUCUCGGCGCUGCACGAGAACUAUGCGGCCUCGUGCGAGAGCACGGGACCCAUGGACCUCUCCACGCCGAUGGACUACAUAAACGACUGCAUCGAGUCCCUCUCGGAGAGCGACCUGCUCUGCCCGUCGCGCGACAUCUUCUUCGGCGGCAGGGGCUGGUCGCUCGGCGGUGGGAGGGACAUGGGAAGCCAUGUGCUCCGCCAGGACGAAAUCAUGUUCCACGUCGCCGUGAGGGGGAUGCUCUUCUCCCUUCCCGACCCCGUCCAGCGCAAGAUGUCGACGUCAUUCAAGGGGUCCGACGCCUUCAAGAUGUUCUACCCGCAGAGCCUCAAGCUGUGGCGUGCGAAGGAGGAGAUUGAGGGUAUGGUGGACAUGUGGUCGUCAAACAUGCUAAAGGGGGAGUGGUGGGCGCCUACGAGAAACCUGACGGAUGGAGCCAGUGCGUUUCGAAGACCACAGAUUGCACCCCCACCACCACCACCACCACCACCACCAUCAUCAUCAUCACUGCCGACGACAAUGACUCAGCAGCAACGGCAACGGCAGCAGCAGCAGCAGCAGCAGCAACUAUACACAGAUAACAACAACAACAAAAACAACGAUGACGGACCACUCAUAUCUCUCGGCAGCGCUGCACGACGCGAGAUGCUCCUAGAACGACUACCGUACAUGGCACAGAUAGCCCGUAGAACUGCCCACGGCAACAGGUCGUGUCCCAUACCCAUCCGUCUCCGCGACCUGGACAAGGUGGUCGCCUUCAAAGGCGUCGCGUCGGUAGACGAGAAGGCAGAGGACGACGAGGACGUCGAAGAGGAUGCCGAACAGGCUGGUGGUGGCGCAACCGGUGACGCCGACGAUGCCUGGGCGACUGACAAGCCGUCGGAUGAAGUGUCGCCCCGGAAGAAGAGGGCGGCGGGUAUAAAGUCCGGGGGCAUGACGGGUAUGCUGGCGCAGAGAUUGGUUCUUAGUGAUGAUGAUAUCGAGGACUAA